AUGAGGAAAGCUGGCCACCGCCUGGUGGAUGACGCCACCGCCCUUAAUACAGGACUGAUGAGCCGACUUCUGCUCCACAAGGACAUAGAAUCAACGUGGUUCUUCAACGGCUCUGUGUUCGAGCUAACCAAACGACAUGAGCGCAUUAAAUUUGACCUUUAUGACAAUAUUGACACAGUGAUCCGUGAGUUCCGUGCCAAGCGCAGUGAAGACCUACGACCUGCGACCUACGCACCUGGUAAACAGCCUUUUGUAUUGCCAUACUGGGAGUACAUGUUUAUUUGGGCGUUAUUGUUGCGCAAACACGACAUAGCGAAAAUACUCUGGACAAAAACGGAGCAUCCGCUCUUCAUGGCCCUCAUUGCACACAAUUUAUUCGAGGCGGUGAAAAUGCAAACAGACGAUAGAGUUCUUAUUGCCGAAAUGAAAAAAUAUUUGAGCGAGUGGUCUACUGUGGCUAUAGAUUGUCUAUACGAAUGCUACCAGAAAAGUGAAGAAGCCACUUACAUCUAUCUGACAAUGACCAUGCCUUUUUGGAAUAAGAAAUCAUGCCUAGAUUUGGCUGUUGAAUCGAGAAACAUGGAGUUCCUGGCCCAACAAGCGUGUCGAAAUCUAGUAGAAGAUAUCUGGAAUGGGCGUAUGAAAGACAAGUUAGAUGAGAUUCGCUUUCAGAGUCGCUUUUCAGGAACAAACAAGAUCAAGCGCUUCCUGCACAAAAUGCAGUCUCCAAAAAGGAAAUUCGCCAACAAUAUGAUCUCGUAUUUGGUGUUUCUGAGCCUGUUCGCGUAUGUGCUGUUGUUUGAUCUCACGAGCAAUGUAUCGACAAAGGAAUUCGUGUUACUAGCAUGGGUACUAACCAUAUUGGUUGAAGAAAUAAGACAGAUGCAUCAGAUAUAUCACAUGCCUGGUUAUGAGAAGGCUAGUUCAUGUGUUCAGCGGAUCAGAAAAUUGAAGAAUUACAUUUCGAAAGAUUGGAACUCGAUCGAUGUGUUUACGAUCGUCAUGUUUUUACUUGGAUUCGGACUGCGAUUCAAACAAUCUCGAGACACGUUUGAUUGGCCAAGAGUCGUGCUUGCUGUCAAUUUUGUCGCGUUCGUCUUCAGACUCGUGCACUUAUUCUCUGUUGAGAAAACCAUUGGCUCUAAAAUUAUUAUAAUUCUACGAAUGGUAAACGACCUUUUGUAUGUCUUGGUUAUUAUGGCUGUGUUUUUAUUGGCUUACGCCAUUGCCUCGCACUCCAUUCUCUAUCCCGGUGCUACGCUAACUUGGGAAACUGCUAGACAAAUAAUUAGGAAGCCUUACUUUCAUCUUUAUGGAGAACUUUUUCUAGACGAGACUGAAGAUUGUACAAAUGACGCCAGCCUAUGGACGAACGGAACAAGUCCACGCUGCCCAAGCGAGACCGGCAAGAUUGUGGUUCCCAUCAUGAUGGGAGUUUACCUGCUGUUUUCCAAUAUUCUGCUUCUUAAUGUUAUUAUUGCAAUGUUUAGAUUAAACAUGGUUAAGCUUGCUUGUACAGAAACGACCAUUACCUUGCGUUAUAUACGGGAACUUCAACAGGCCCAUGUCUGGACUGGAUAA